AUGGUUGCAGAAACAAAACUUUACGAUGCCCUGAGCAUCAAGCCGGAUGCCACCCAAGAUGAGAUCAAGAAAGCAUACAGGAAGGCUGCACUGAAGCACCACCCCGACAAGAAUAAGGAUAAUCCAAAGGCCGCUGAGAAAUUCAAAGAGGUCUCACAAGCCUAUGAAGUCCUCUCUGACCCUGAAAAACGUAAAACAUACGACCAAUUCGGUCUCGAGUAUCUCCUCCGCGGCGGCCCUCCGCCCUCCGCUGCUGGAGCAGGAGCCGGACCAGGCGGAAUGCCAGGCGGCUUCAACUUCGCCAAUAUGGGCGGUGGUGCUCCCGGAGCAGGCGGUACACGCACAUACCGCUUCUCAACGGGGGGACCAGGAGGCACGAGUUCAUUCAACUUCAGCAAUCCGGAGGACAUUUUCAAAAACUUCGCCAAGAGUGGUGGUGGUGGUAUGGGCUUUGGCGAUGAUAACGACAUUUUCGCCGAGUUUUUGGGUGCUGGACUAGGUGGUGGUGCUCGAGGAGCAAGAGCUUCUGCUGGAGGAGGACCAGGCGCUACAUUCGGGGCUGCUCGUCGUGCCCCUACACCCGAACCGCAGGUUGUCGAAAAGCCUCUCAAUCUGACGCUGGAAGAGAUCUUCAAUGGUACAACGAAAAAGGUCACGACCAAGAGCAAGACGUUCGACGCCAGCGGCAAGCGGACUGUACAGGACAUCACCCUCGAAGCAAAGAUCAAACCCGGUCUGCGCACAGGAUCAAAGUUGAAAUAUAAAGGUGUCGGAGACCAGGAGGAAGGUGGGCGUCAAGAUGUUCAUCUUGUCGUUACAGAGAAAGAGCAUCCAACCCUCAAACGCAGCGGCGACCACCUCAUAACAACAGUCGACCUAACCCUCAAAGAAGCCCUAACAGGCUGGGAACGCAUCGUGAAAACCAUCGACGGAAAAUCGAUUCGGGUCUCAAAGCCCGGUCCCACACAACCCGGUUAUGAAGAACGAUUUCCAGGAUUGGGUAUGCCGAUUUCGAAGAACCCAACUGACAGAGGCGAUAUGGUGGUCAGAGUGAAUGUCAAGUUUCCGACGACUUUGACAGCGGAGCAGAAGGAAGUUUUGAGGGAUGUUUUGCCUUGA